AUGGCUACAGAAGAAGAAUACCAAUGCAUUGAGUGUGGUUGUCAGGCGACGAAUAGAUAUCAAAUAUUAGGAAAUAAACACAUAAUCAAAAUAACUCACUGUAAGAAUUGUGAAAAGCCAGUUGAUAAGUAUAUUGAAUAUGAUUCAGCCAUUAUAUAUUUAGACGCCAUGUUGUUAAAAAUUCCUGUAUACAGACACAUUCUGGUGAAUGAAAAACACAAGUUCUGUGAUAUAUUAAAGUUAAUUAUUUUAUUGUUGUCAUGUGAUGCUUUAAGUAAAUGGAAAUUGGAAAAGUCAGAAAAAAAUUCAGAGAGAUUGGAACCGAUUCGAGUAUUUUACGCUGCUUUAGAAAUAGAUCUUUAUUGGAAUUACUUUCUCGCUGUUUGCCAAUGGUUUGUGUAUAUAGCAACAUUAGUUAUUCUUAUUUAUAUAACGGAGAAAUUUUUCAACAAAAACAGUUCAGUCACCUCUUAUAUAUUAUUAGUCAAGUCUGUAGUGAUUUCUAAUUUUGGUAAAACGUUAGUUUUGAUAACUUUACUCUGGGGAUCAUCCUAUAGUUAUAUUUAUCUUAUAUUAGGAAAAAUAUUUGUUACUGCCUCCAAUAUACAGGCUUUAAGAGUUAUAACAAGUGGAAAUAAAUUGAAAUGGAGUAUUCCGCGUGUACCUAGUGAAAUAUCUCAUCUCGUAUUAGUGACUAUUAUAGUGAUAUUAGCUACUAUUGGUCAGGAACUAGUACUACUGUAUUUACCCAAUACCAUACAGCCACAACGUGUAGAUAGAUCUAUCUUAUUAAAUAAACAUUUAUAA